UUGAUUUAUACAUGAACAGACUUCUCUGGUACAAACUGUUCCUCCUUAUAUUGAUGCUUUCAGGCCGAAGCAGAAGAAGCAGGAGAAGAUGGGUUUUCUUCUAUUCACAGCCAAAGCAGCAGCAGCAGCAGCAGUGCUUCUCUCCCUGUGUGUCUUCUCAAUAUCACAACAGUCAGAGGCUGCUGAUGGGCAAACUAUAUACCAUCAUCAUAAGAAUAAUAUUGCUAAUUCUAGCAGUGGUUCUGAUUUCUAUGCCAUGGCCAGCAGGAAGCUUGGCGGCGGCUGCAACAUCUUCCGGGGCAAAUGGGUAUAUGAUGCUUCCUAUCCUUUGUAUGAUUCCUCAAGCUGUCCCUUCAUAGAUCCUGAAUUCAACUGCCAAAAGUAUGGAAGACCUGAUAAACUCUACCAGAAGUAUAGGUGGCAGCCUUUCUCUUGUGGCAUCCCAAGGUUCAAUGGAUUGAAGUUCUUGGAGAGAUGGAGGGGGAAGAAGAUCAUGUUUGUGGGAGACUCACUGAGUUUGAACAUGUGGGAAUCAUUGACUUGUAUGCUUCAUGCAUGGGUGCCUCACACCAAGAUCUCAUUCAUCAAGAAGGGCUACCUUGGCUCAGUCACAUUUGAGGAUUAUGGAUUGAAGAUAUUAUUAUAUCGGACACCAUAUCUAGUAGAUAUAGUAAACGAGAAGAUGGGUCGAGUUCUCAAGCUAGACUCAAUUCGAAGUGGCAACGCUUGGAGAGGCAUGGACAUGCUCAUCUUCAACUCUUGGCAUUGGUGGACACACACGGGAAGUAGUCAACCAUGGGAUUAUGUGCAAGAUGGACACAAAGUGUACAAAGAUAUGAACCGUUUGAUUGCAUUCUACAAAGGGAUGACUACUUGGGCCAGAUGGGUGAACCUCUAUGUUGACCCUUCCAAGACCAAAGUCUUCUUCCAAAGCAUCUCCCCAACCCACUACAUGGGAAAGGAGUGGAAUGCAGCAAGUAGGACAUGCUAUGGGGAGAGACAGCCAUUCAGUGGGUACAGCUACCCAGCAGGGACACCACCGGCAGCAGUGGUGGUGAACAAAGUGUUGAGCAGAGUGAAAAAACCAGUUUACUUGCUUGAUGUCACCACCCUUUCCCAGUACCGCAAGGAUGCCCACCCCACAGUGUACAGUGGAGACCACAAUGGCCUGGAUUGCAGCCACUGGUGCCUCCCUGGCCUCCCUGACACUUGGAACGAACUCCUAUAUGCAGCCCUCUUUUCUUGAACCAAUCUCUUCGUUGGAAGUGAUGAAGGGACAAGUGUGAAAUUCCAUUCUUAGGGGUAGAACUGCAAGGAUGUGUCAUUGAUUCAGUGAUAGAAAUUUGUUCCUUUUAAAUGUUAAUAAGGGUGCAACUUCUCAUUGUAAAGUGACAA